GUGAUUCCCCAGGUACUUCGAAAUACAAGGCACAGUUUUAUUUUGUUUCCUAUGCCCCGAUAACUCCGAGUAGGGUUCAAAACCUUGAUCGACCAAUCGCCGUAUGACUCGUGCCUUCCGACAACCCAAAUGUUCACGUUGGCCUUCUCAAUUCUAUUUUUGUUGAUCUUCAAGUCGCUCGUUGUUUCAUUAACCUUCAAAGUAUAGUUGUUUUUAUCGAAAGAAGAGCUGAGUAAGUCUCUUCUUGACGUUAAAAACAAAAUGACACCGGCCCAAAGUAAGACGCAAAUGGAGGAUACAUCAUGUAUCUGGGAGGCCGCUCCAGCUGUCAGCCCUGACCAGCUUGCAGAGCUGAAUCGAAAGAUGAAACGGCAAAAAUAUGGUGUAUGGGCCCUCUUGCUUUUCAUCAAGUAUGUAUUCUUCCUUUAAUUGCGACCGACAUAUUCUUAACUCUUUUCUAGUGUUACCUUCAUUUCAACCUAUUUGGUCUGGCCAUCUUCUCGUUUUCAUCAUGUUGUUGCCAAUUCAAUGACAUAUAUCAAUACAUUUAUGAUGUUUCGGAUCACUUUUAAUUCUACUCGAGAUUAUAUGUUCCCUAAAACUGCAGCUCAAGAGGAGAUUGUUAUUCCCAAAACCCCGGAAAGCCUGGCUAUCCUCAUGACUUGCUAUGAUGAGACCGAGCAGGAAAUCAAAAACUCGCUCGAUUCUCUCGUUACCCAAGCAGGCCUGCAAAAGCACCGCCAAGCAAUGUUCGUGGUCUGUGACGGAAAGAAGAGGAAAGGAACAGGUAUGCAAAAGACGACAGCUGAGAUUUUGGAGCACGACGUGUUUGUCAAUCGUACUCCCAAGAAGACCAUCAAAAAUGCGUAUAUGGGUUGGAGACGAAGACCUGUGGACGUGGACAUUUUCACCGGAACUUACGCAAACAUGCCCUUUUGCUGCAUCGUCAAGCAUGAAAAUCAAGCAAAGCGUGACAGUCUAAUCAUGGUGCGAUCGUUUUUGCUGAAACACAAUUCACGACAUGAGCGACCAAGGACCAUCUUCAACCCGGAAACCUUCAACACUCUCUCAACGUGGCUCUUCGAAGCAGCCAAGAUAGAUGUGGUGGACCACAUUAUCGGAAUCGAUGCCGACACGGUCUUUCAUCCUUCUUGCAUCAAAUACAUGGUUGAGGAAGCUCGUCGCCCGCAGACCACGGCAGUCCUGGGAUACAUGGAAGUCAACUUUAACAGCCGAAAGAUUCCGUCUUUUUGGGAUAUAUUACAAAACUCGCAAUACUUUGUGCGUCAGAGAGCACUACGAGUUUACCAGUCCACCAUAACCGAACGUUGCACGUGUCUUGCCGGUUGUUGUCAUCUCUUGAAAGUAUGUGAAACCAACUGUGGUGACGAGGUUCUUCUAGGCCCAUUCGGCUACUAUCCUGGGCCAAAGGACAAUCUUUGGAGACAUCUUAUAGCCAAAGUCGGAGAGGACCGGCAUCAUGCCUCGCUUGUACACAGUAGAAAACCGGAAGCGAAAAUGAGGAUGGCAGAAAAGGCUAUCGCUUAUACCAACGUGCCACAAAGCCUUUCUGCUUAUUUGAACCAGCGAAGACGGUGGAGUUCAUCGGCGGUAUGCAACGAAUUGCUUAUGUUAUUCGGCCCACAUACUCACUUGUUCGAGCGAGUAUUUGCUGCAUUUCUUCUGCUCUAUUGGGCGUUAUUCGUAUCUCUGUUCAUAUGUAAAUGGGUGCCAUUUAUUCCAGGGUUUAGUGAGUUAUUCCGAGCCGAAUAUUGUUUGCGUUGAGUUGCUAAUGCAAUUAGAUUCUACACCGUCCCGGAAAUCGACGAGUUGGGCCCUAACCAUGGUCUACCGCGUAUAUUAUCUAUGCUUACUCGUUGGCGUUCCUCUUCCAAUGUGGUCUCGCCUUUACAUAGGCCUGGGUAUGGUCUUUGGAAACUAUAUCGGGGUAUACAUUAAAGCGAUUCAUAUGACAUACACACUUCUCUACAUGGACUAUUUCGGCUGGCGCGAGUCAUUGGCUGCCGUGUAGUUUUGAUCGAACUUAUUUCCCACUACAGCAUUAGCUUGAGUGGUAUUCAAUGAUAAUUGGAGGUACUUGAUCAAUCGAAAACGUCUGGUAUUUGGUUCAAUGCAUCCUUUUGGGUUUUGACUUUUGUUCAAUCACGAGAAAAGAGGUAAGUGGGCGUUUCAUCAUACGAUAACAUCUUUGGGAUAGAAGAUAGAAGUUAGAUCGAUUAAUAGAUAUUUUUGGGCAUUUUUCCCAUGUUAACACAACC